CGGCACCUCACCGACAUCCUCACCGACACGAUCACGGGCGGGCAGAACAACUCCGUGCUGCUCGUGGGCGCCAGGGGCAGCGGCAAGACUUUGGUGCUGGACUCCGCGCUGCGACAGCUCCGCGAGGCUCACGGCGACGGCGUCCUCCCCGUACGUCUCAACGGGAUGCUUCACGCGGAUGAGCGCGUCGCGAUGAGGGAGAUUGCCGAGCAGCUGUGCCUCGGGUUCAAGGCGGAGGAGCUCGAGUUCAGCCGGGCCGCCGGCUUCGCCGAGAACGUGGCGUUCAUGCGCGAGGUGCUCAGGGUGCUGGAGAACGGGCGACGCGGCGUGGUCUUCGUGCUGGAAGAGUUUGACCUGUUCGCGCACCGACCCAAGCAGACGCUGCUGUACGCGGUGAUGGACCUGCUGCAGCAGACGCAGGUGCAGGCUGCGGUGGUGGGGGUGACGUGCAGACACGACGCCGCGGAGCUGCUGGAGAAGCGCGUCAAGUCGCGAUUCUCGAGUAGGAGGAUCCUGCUGGCGCCGCCCAGAGGAAAAGGCGCCGCGGCGUCACCGACGGGAAUCGAACCCGCGCUCGUGUACCCGCCCGACCCGGGCUUCGCCGCUCGAUGGAACGACGCCGUGGACGCCGCCGUAUCGCAGGUUGGCGUGGACCACACGCUUCGAGCGUACGAAGCGUUGGAGUGCACGCCGAGAGCCGCGUCGGACCUGGCGCUCUUCGCGCUCGCGUGCAUGGACAGGAACAAGGGGACUAUCGCGGCCAAGGACAUCAUGGUGGCGUCGCAGAGGCUGCUCGGUGACACGUACGUUCGGGCGUUGAGCGGGGUUUCCGCGCUGGAGCUGUGCAUGGUGGUAGCCAUGUCGCGGCUGCACCGGUUCCGUCGCAAGGCGGUUUUCAACUUUAACCACGUCGAGGACGAGCUGA